AUGCCGAACCACUACGGGCACAGACGGUUUACAUUCGUCGAGGAUAAACUGCCUGCAAUUGCCGGGAUGGCCAAAUAUAUGGCUGAUAAGACUGGUGACGAGUACCUUGUAGGUCUGUGGAAAAGCGAAUUGCCAUCUUCACUGGUUUGGUACGCGGAGUGUCACCAGAACUCCAAGUAUCACAUGGAGCUUCCAGAAGUCUUCAGCAUAUUACACUCACCGAAGCCUUAUAUUGCGCCAUCAUGGAGCCCACUUCGACUGGAUGUGGCGGUUAAGCCAGGAUUCGCGUCAAAUAUGUGGUAUCGUGGCAAUACCCCUGAGAGUACUAUCGUCGACACAAGCGUCAGCUCUGUUGGGGAGAAUCCUUUUGGUAGAGUACGAAGUGGACGAAUCCGCAUCCGGGGCCGGGUUACCACGGUCUCGUCCAACCUCGCCCCCCUUCCUUGUCAUCGAGACGACAAGUUGUGGUUUGCUCUGGAAAAAGGAGUGAUCACGUACUACAAUCUCGACUGCUCCCCUCGCGACAGCACUUGUAUCCGAGGUGAAUUAUUAAUGCUGUUAAUCUCGAGUAUCGAGAGGCCGCACUCGUCAUUGCACAGGGAGGCCCACCACUGCUCGGACGAAGAAGCACACCAUUGUUUGAAACAUUACUUGCCCUUGCUCGUGGCUGGCGAUGAAAGCUCUCCUGAUCUGGAACUUGAUGGUUUCGAGAGUGAAGCAGAUCAGCAUAGCGACAUCGUCGAAAGCGGGAGUAACUCAUUGCAUUCAAGAAGGUCGUCCGAUGCUCAAAGCUCCAACAUCAACAAUGGGGACGCUUUUGGUCUCCUGGUUCACCCUCUUCCGGGGACUAAUGAUUACGUACGGGUGGGCGUCUGGCUAUCUAUGGAGGAAGAUGGCGGCGGAAAUGCGCUUUUUGAGGAUGCGGAGGAACGGGAGAUCGAUAUCGUCUAG